UAAAAGGUAAACAGGAAGCUCUUUAAACAUACGUUUGCCAAAUUGUCAAGGAUUUUUAUUAUAUGAGUGCAAUGGAAGAUGAAAAGAGAUUCGAUAAUGACCAAAACGAAACAGAGUGCGCCAAGAAGAUACAAUUGUCAAGUGUGUCGGCAGCUCCUGUAAACAACCCUGAAUCUCCAACUAUGAUGACACAGGGGUUCGAGACUCAACAAGUUCCAACAAAUGGAAUCCCACAAGAAGAAUUGUUAGUUCGGCAAUUAAAGAUGUUUGGUCGGUUACAGAUUAUCCUCGGCGUUUUGCUAGUGAUUACCAGUUCAAUUGGAUUUGUUUUGAAUUAUAUUUCAAUGCAGAAUUAUAACGAUUGUUAUAACAAUGAAUAUUACUAUUAUUUCGACCAUGAUGACAAUUCAUACCACCCAUAUUUACCACACUACGUGUUAUGCAAUCGCUAUUACAGUAGCCGUCUGCAAUUUGUCUUUGACAUCACAACGUUGAUAUGCUCUGGAUGGUGCAUUUUAACUGGUAUUCUUCCCUUCUGUAUGAAAAAUCGGAGAAAACAGAACUGGAAAUGCCUGAAAACCGGAAUUAUGAUAUGUAGCAUAAUUGCAGCAUCAGUUGUUAUACCUGGUAUUUACAGUCUUGGUUUAAUUGGAUCAAUAAUAAGAAACAACUAUGAAAUGAGAAUUGUGCUUCUGUUGUCUUUUAUGAGUCUGUUAUCCUUUGCGGAAUGGGUAGUGGCAAUCAUGGCGGUUUCAUAUUGCCUUUCUUGCUGUUGUUAUAGAACAGCAGACCAGAAGGGUGUCAUUCUUGUGACCGAAACACAACCUGGACUGUUUCUUGACCUACAACAGACAAGUGUUCCUAUUGCAAAUGUUCAACCGGAAAUGGAAAAUACUGGACAUGUAGAUAUCCCGAUGGUGAGCUAUCCCCGAGCUUAUCAAUAUCAAGAAAACACGACAAACGAGGAGAAAGAACAACAGAUUCAAGCUGUUGAAGAAACAGUAUCAUCAAUUGAUAGGACAAUUGAUAGUACACAGCAGCAAGGGGUUGAUACUACUCCAAUAACUUACAAAUUUUAAAGAAGAAAACUUUAUAAACAACUUGCGUAUAUAUGCAUUUUUAUAAUAUAACCAAUGUAAUUCAAAGCAUUAUUUAGUAUCUAAAUAUGAUCAGUAUUCACAAUGUGAUAACAAGAGGCAUUAUUUAUCAUAGACAAACUGUCUUCGUCGGUCGUGCAACUAUCCUAACGAUAUUGAUUCUUUUUAAAGUGCAGACCCUUAUAACGUUUGAUCAGGCAGAUUUAUAAACACUUUAUAACUUUUUUCUAUAUUGUAAUGGAAAAGAAGCAAAUUGGUCCAGAUUUUAAACAUUCUUAAAUAUGCUUUUACUAACUCUGAUAAAAGCAUUGACUAUUCACAUUUUGAGUAUACUUUAGUAUAUUUUUUUUUAAAAAGGAGGUCCUAUCCAAAGAACCUGUUUUAUAUUUUGUGAGAUUGUGAUUUUUUUUUAAAGUUUAUAUCACAAUUAUUUGGGUUUUUAUACAGUAAUCGAUAGUUAAAUGCAUUACACCAUUGUUUGCUUUCAUUUUCGUGAUCUAGGUUCGGAUCAUGACGUCAUGAUUAUGUAAUUUAUCUUUGUAUAUACAUUAUAUACAGUUAGAUUCAAAUGUGCACUAAUUUUUAACUAUUAUAUACACACUACUCUUUUUUAAUUUUUAUUAUUCAUAUUACUAAACUAAAAAAUGUAAAUUGGCAAAUCAUUUCUGUUUUGGUUUUUUUUUCGGAGGUGUAAAUCUUGCAUAAAAUGACUUAUUACCAACUCUGAUUGAAAAUUGUCUCAUUUGCAAUCAUGCCACAUAUCUUUAUUCUUUAUAAGAUAAGCACCGCAAUAUCAAUGCAGACCAUUUCAUAAUACUUCACAAGUUGCUUUAUUUUGUUACUUUGUAUCAGUAUUAAUUUCUGUAUUUUCCCAAAGAACAAAAUUUAAAUCGAAUACCGUCCAGCAAAACAUUUAUAAUUAAGACCAUGAACGAUAAGAUUGAUAUAUAUCUAAAUAUAGACCCAGAUUUAUAAACUAAAUACUAGUAUGGCUAUAGAAUAAAAUAACAUAUUUGAAAUGCCGCACUCCACUAAUGCAUAUGAUAUUAUAACUGAUAAUGCACCUUGCAAUUACAGAAGGAGGUAAUGUUACGAUAAGUGCAGUAUUUUGAUUAUUUUUAUACAUUUAAGAAGGAUGAUUGUUGCGGUUGUAGUAGAACAUUUUAUCUAUUGGAAAGGUCUUAUCUAAUAUUUGACAGUUGCAUAACAAUUGUGCAAACAUGAUCCCAUUCUUUUUUCUGACUUAUUGCCGACAUUUCAUCUAGUUUCGUACGUAAAUGGUGCCAGUUUAUGGUAUUCCGAUAGUCUCACUGUGAGAAGUAAAAUUCACAAACACCGAACUUUUUUUUUCUUUUUUAUUUCAAAUUACUAAACGCACUUUCCAUGAUUUAUGUUAGUGCCAUAAACAUUAGUAAACAAAUAAAACAUCAGGUUAAACGUUUGAUCAAAUCAAUUUGAAACUUAGUAAAUGUUCUUUGUGAUAUGAUCUUUGUUAUUUCAAUGUCAAAUUAGAAUGUUGACCCCAAUCAUACGUUCCACAGAACAUUAAAAAGGCAAUACGAGUGGGGCAUCCGUUUACUAUAUACACAGUCAUUAUUGUUACGUUAAACAUGAUUGCUCAAAAUAUAAUAGGAAAUUUACGUCUCUAGAUAAUUUGAUAUUUCCAAAACCAAAAAAAUCAGUUUGAUUAUGAUAUCAAAUGUAGUGCUGAUGUAUAUGUACCCUGUCACGUCUUUGUUUAUUCUGUGGUUUUUUUUAGGUAAAUUUCUAUUAGUAUUCAUCUGAUGAGUUAAUAUAAGAAUCACGAGAAUUUGAUGAUGUUAGAUUCACAGUUAGACAACUAUCCACCAGAGUUCAAAUGAAGUGGAUGUAAGCAAUCAUUGCCAAUCGUAACGCCUUGAACCAUGCGAAAAUCCCAUAUCAUAUAAAAGCCUACUUAACUGGUUUAUAAAGUUCGUUCAUAUGUUUUCAUGCAUACCACUAUCCCAGGUUAAGAGAGGGCUUGGAUCCCUCCAAUUUGUUUAACCCCGUUACAUUAUGUAUUUCCAAAUGUCAAGUCAACUUCUGUGUUAUUUGGUCUCUUGUGGAGAGGUUUCUCAUUCGCAAUCAUACCAUAUUGUCUGUUUUUGUUUCAUUUUACAGAUCUUGUGUCAAAAUUUGCUAUCAACUAACUGUUUAUAGACAUAGGAAGAUGUGGUGUGAGUGCCAAUGAGACAACUCUCCACCCAAAUAACAAUUUAAAAAUAAGUAAACCAUUAUAGGUCAAUUCAUUUAGCACAGUUACGACUAUUUAAAUCAAUUUUAUUUUUUUGAAACAAUUCUAUAUUUGUGUUUCUUACUUUUAAGCAUGUCGUAUCAUAUCAGGUUUUCAAUUGUAUUUAUAAAAAACACUUAUCUCCUCUCUUCUAAAAAUCAGUUAAAUAGAUAUACUAGUUAUCUCCAAUCGGACAUUUAUCGUGUUAGCCAAAUUUGCAAAGGGAGACAACUUCGAUUUUCCACAACACGGAAUUACAUAAUAUCAUAGAGUUCGCUCACUGCCCCCACUGUCAAAGGAAAACAAUCACAAUUUCUGAUUGUGAUGACUACUGUAAACCAACUUUUUUUCGCGGAUACUUUAUUUCGCGUUUUACUCUUUGUAAACUAUUUCGCGGCUAUUUAAGUUCGCGAUUUUGUUAUUUCUGGAUAUAGUUUAAUAGGGAAAGAUCUAAGUUUUACAUAUUCGCGACGAUUUAUAUUCGCGUAAAUUUUCUACUCGCGAAAAUAAGUAGGUAUAUUCAAGAUAGCAGACAUUCAAAACAUAAAACAUCUUGUUUAUUACAAACUGUAGUUUACAUUUCAGAUAUAGAUUAUGCUUAUGAAAAUAUACAGAUUAUAAAACUGCAUGGUAAAAUAAUCACUACCUUCAUGCAUAUCAAAUACAAACACUUCGUCAACUGUUAGGGCAGAGUAUCAGUAAUAUUUUAACUUUAAGAUGUCCUUUUUCAUGAAACAAACAAACAACUUUCGAUAAACCGAAAACAUCAGUUGAA